UGAAACGGCCUCCCUGGGUGUGGAGGACUUCAUCUUCCAUAAGAUACUUGGAGAAGGAGCCUUUGGGAAGGUGGUGCUGGCGACACACCGUGACAGCGGACUACUGGUGGCUGUGAAAAUGGCCCACAAGAGAGAACCAAUUGUGGAGAACCCAGACAGGGUGCUGAAUGAGCGGAUAGCCAUGGAGAUAGCUGGGGGCAAUCUUUUCUGCGCCCAUGCUUAUGCCACAUUCCAGACGGAGAAUUACUUAUUCUAUGUUAUGGAGUACAUGAGGGGAGGAGAUCUGAAUGACAUUGACGAGGUCCUUGGCAUAACUGACGACAAUUACACAAUGGACAUCGCCACCGUCAAACUCGUGGCAGCGGAGCUCGUGUGUGGUCUGCAGUACCUGCAUUCCAGAGGCAUCGUUCACAGGGACAUGAAGACGGAAAACGUUCUUGUAGACAGCGCCGGUCAUGUACAUAUUGCUGACUUCGGCUUGGCAGCUUUAAACGUGUUUGGAGACAACCUGGUGACAGAAUACUUUGGACAUAUGUAUAAUGGAGCUCCAGAGAUGUUGUUCGAAAUGCCGUAUGAUGGAGCCGUGGAUUACUUUGCAUUGGGUGUAUUACUAUUUAGAUUUGCAUUGGGUCGACUUCCCUUUGAAAACAUUUGCACUUCUUCAGAAGGCAUAAUGUAUGGUCAGCCAUGCUUCCCAGACGACCCUGCCCCCGACCCCGUUCUCAAGGACCUUCUGGAAAAGCUCCUGAUUAAAUUUCCAUUCAAGCGCAAGAAUUUCAUUGCCAACAUACAAGAUCAUCCAUUUUUCAACGGAAUAAACUGGAAGGAACUGGAAGCGGGGGAGGCACCCCCUCCUAUUUCCAUACGACGGAAGGGCUUCAGAGACUUCACAAGAAAAAAAUUAAAACCGGAAGACCUGAUGAACAACAUAAAUUCUGACGGAGACCCUAUUGAACCUUCAAUUUCAGCUGAGGAACAGAAGAUGUUUGAUGGCUUUUCCUUUGUCAGUGAUGAAUGGAAAGCCAUGCAGAAGCUGAAAUAAAGCCAAACACACCAGGUUGUUGGGAUCUUAGUAGAGGCGAGGGGGUUAUGCUAGGAGGAGGGAUUAGGGGGUUGUGCUAGGAAAGUUAUUUUAGGGGGGUGCAAGGG